AUGACUGCGAUGGCUGUCACGUGGAUUACACAUCAUAAAUACGCUUCUCCCAACACGAAAUCCUAUGUGAUUUACGGGAAAAGCGCGGCGAAUUUGGCCUACAAAAAUGACACAUCAAGGGUGACAGAAUGGACGGAUAGAGGGAAAUCAAAGUCCGUUCGCUAUACGCAUCGGGUUCGAAUGACAAAUUUGGAGCCGGGCUUGAGAUACUAUUAUCGAGUCGGUUCGGUCGAGGGGCUUUCCACGGAAAUCUACUCUUUCCGAAUGUUGGAUAAACAGGGCAAAAAUGGGAUCCGAGCCGCUCUCUUUGCAGAUUUGGGAUUGAAAGAGGCCGGGAAAUUGCCUCAAACGAUCGCCACUUUGCAGAAUUUUACCGAGGAAGGCAAAAUCGAUAUCUUUUUCCAUAUUGGUGAUAUCGCUUACAAUCUUGAGUACGAUGACGGCACUUAUGAGGAUGAAUUCAUGAAGAUCAUCGAACCGAUCGCCUUCUCGGCCCCCUAUAUGGUUUUGGCGGGGAAUCACGAGAAUGAGGACAACACAUUCAACAAUUUCAUUCACCGCUUCACCACGCCGAUCACCGACAAAGAGGAAAGGGACAAUCAGUUUUGGAGCUUCGAUGUUGGCGAUGUGCAUUUCGUCGGGAUGAGCUCGGAAUAUCAUCAAUAUCGAAUGUACAAACAAGCACAGGAUAUGGUCGAUUGGCUGAAGAGUGAUCUGUCCAAGACGACCAAGCCGUGGAUCGUCUCAAUGAUGCAUCGGCCAAUGUAUUGCUCGGCCCAUUGUGAUACUUUUGAGAAUAUGGUGUUGCGCAAGGGCUCCGGCUCUGGCAAAGAAGAACUGCCCGCCAUUGAGCCAUGGUUGGGCAAGAAUGGAGUCGAUUUGGUGUACACAGGACACAAACAUUACUACGAAAGAAUGUACCCGAUCUACGGUGGAGUGAUGUCGAUGGUGAAAGAUCCGAGGAAUAUCCACAACCCUCAAGCACCCAUUCACGUGUUGUCCGGAUCGGCGGGUUGUCACACGCACAUCCCGGCCAGUGACAUCAAGAGACUCCCCUACAGUGCUUAUCUCAGCGAUAUGUACGGAUUCUCGUUGCUCAACGUGCACAAUGCCACCCACGUUUUCUCGUCGUUUAUCCACGCUGAAACGGGGAAUGCCCACGAUGAAACGUGGAUUUCGAAAGAUAAAGGAUAUCGGCCGAGAAUUGGA